CUUCGCAUCAAGAUGGCCAAGAGCAUCCGGUCCAAGAUCAAGAAGUACUGGCGGCGGGAGCUGCGCGCGACGAUCGGGAAGGCUGACCAGGAGAAGAAGGAGGCAAAGGUUCAGGCUGAGUUGAAGAAAGCCAUCGAGUCCCAGCAAGGUAGCUCGUUCGCGAGUCUCAAGAGUGCAUUUGGCAGCACCAAACCCGCCAUGGUGACGCCGGGUGUGGACGAGACGUUGGACACCGUGGUCACGGAAGGUGCUGUCGAAGCUGCGCUCUUGAACAACGACGUGAAGCAGACCAACCGCAAGGACCACGCCGCCUUGGCCAAGAAAAAGAAGGGUGCAGGGAAGCCUGGCAAGAAGAAGUUUGUGCAUUUCCACACGCUGCGAAAGAAGGGCGUGUAGUGUGUAAAGUGUCGUUCCGUGGAUAAGUCGUAUUAAAGUUUACAUAUCCGACUACAGGGGUG